AUGGGAACCAUUACAGCUGAUGAAGUUAACUUCCAACAUCUGUUAGGUCGAACUGAGAGGCUUUGUGCAGAGAGUAUCUCUUUUAAUAUAAUCAAACUUAAUGCUGCUUUGGAAGAAAUGGAAGAAUUAUACGACAGAUUACAAAAAAAUAGGAAUAUUGAUAGUGAAGUGUUAAAACAUUAUGGAGAAGACUUGCAAACACUACGUCUUCAAAUUGAAGCAGAACAAAAAAGAUCUGCCCCAAUUAUUGAUGAGCAAGACUUACCAGCAGAUUCUGAAAUUACUACUGAAGAUUCGACUGAAAACAGUGUUUUAAUGAAAGCUAAAAAGAAGGCCGCAUAUCAGGCUAAUUUGCGCAUGCAGUUAUUUGAUGGACCAGAGAGGUCAUCAUCGCUUGAUCCUAACUUGGACAUGGAACAAAUUGCCCGACGUGAAGCUGAAAAGCAGGAGAAUUUGAUGGAUGAAUUAUUUGGUAUGGUACGUUUAAUGAAACAAACAUAUUCAACAGCCAGUUCAGUCAUCAAAGAAGAUAACGCGACACUGUCUCGGUUACAGAAGGCAACAAACAGUCAUAAAGGAAGUUUGUUAAGGGAAAGCAAGCGACUUGAAGAGCGUGCAUAUCGUUCAUGGUGUGAUUGUUUAUAUAUUAUAGGUAUUUGUGCUGUUAUUAUGUCAUUUAUAGCUAUGGUAAUUGUCAUGAGGUUUUUCACUAAAAAAUCUUCGUGA